CCUCAACACCCACGCAGCGCACUUCAUCUUUUCACUCCAGUCCACCACCGCCCAUCGAGCUUUCCCCAUUCCAUCGCCGCCGCCGCGCUUGCCAUCUCCACCCUCCACCGCGGCGCCAUGCUCCGGCUCCGUCGCAGCCUCCUCUCCCAGAUCCUCUCUUCUCCCUUUGCCUCUCCCAUCUGCCACCUCAGCCGCUUCAUCUCCGCCGCCGCGCCCGCCGUCUCCCGGAACCCUAGAUUCGCCGUGGAGGAAUACCUCGUCUCCACCUGCGGCCUCACCCGACCCCAGGCCCUCAAGGCCUCCCCCAAGCUCUCCCACCUCAAAUCCCCCACCAAGCCCGACGCCGUCCUUGCCUUCCUCGCCGGCCUCGGCCUCUCCCCCGCCGACGUCGCCGCCGUCGUCGCCAAGGACCCCAAGUUCCUCUGUGCCAGCGUGGAGAAAACCCUGGCCCCCGUCGUCGCUGGGCUCACCGGCCUCGGCCUCUCGCGUUCUCAGAUCGCGCGCCUCGUCUCACUCAUCGGUGUCACUUUCCGCUGUAGAUCCAUCAUCGCCGGGCUGCAGUACUGCUUGCCCCUCUUCGGCUCCUCCGAGAACCUCCUUCGAGCCCUACCUCUAGCGGGUGGCUCCGUUCUCGGGUCCGACCUGGAGCGGGUGGUCAAGCCCAAUGUCUCCUUCCUGCUCGAGUGCGGGCUAGGUGCUUGCGAUAUUGCCAAGCUCUACGCAUAUACUCCGUCACCGCUCAGCAUCAGCACGGAACGCAUCCGGACAGCAGUGGCAUGCGUCGAUAGUCUUGGUGUACACCGUGGAUCUCCGAUGUUCAGACAUGCACUACAAGCUGUUGCAUUCCUCAGCGAGGAGAAAAUCACCGCCAAAGUGGAGCACUUGAAGAAAGCGUUCAGGUGGUCGGAUGCCGAGGUGGGCAUUGCCGUUUCUAAGGCUCCAACGGUGCUGACGAGGUCCGAGGACUUGCUGCAGAGCAAAUCGGAUUUCCUUAUCUCCGAGGUGGGACUGGAACCAGCAUACAUUGCUCACCGACCGAUAAUGCUCACUUACAGUCUAGAGGGCCGGCUCAGGCCCCGGUACUACGUCGUCAGAUUUCUCAAGGAAAAUGGAUUGCUAGAUCACGACCGGGACUACUAUGCUGCAGUCAUGAUCAGCGAGAAGGUAUUCGUCGAGAAGUUCAUAUGCCCUCAUAAGGAUGCUGCACUGCAUCUCGCUGAAGAUUAUGCAACAGCUUGCAGAGGGGAGGUUCCAGCUAGAUGAACCAAGACUAAUAAGAAAAUUGGUAUGUUCAUUAUGUCAUUCGGUAGAGAAGAAAGCAUUGCACUUCUAUGAACUUGUCCUUCCUCGUGUUGUCGUAUUGCACACAUCUUGGAACUAGGAGAGUAUGAGAUCAGGGCAUUCUGCAAAUGCUUUGAAGUAUCAAUGAGUAGUAUUUCUGCACAUUCUCUGUUUGUAUGUUCUGAAAUGGCCAUUUCAGUUUUGAAUGCAACCCUCUAUCUAUCUUUCCAUGAAAGAAUGUUCUCAUUUUGGCCAUGAAGAUGAUAUGAAGUCUCAACCUUUCCUUUGCAUGAAAUUUUUGGACCCCUUUUUCCGUGGGAAACAAUUUUGGGUCUGUUGGUGGUCAGUUGGCUACAGUUUGCUGAUCACUGCCAAUGAUGCAGUUUUGAUCUAGUUUGUUGGUUGCUUGCUCUAGUUCAUCUAAGCUAAAUACCUUCUUCCUUCGUGCAGUAAUUUUGUUUAUGAGAUAUUAACUAUUGUUGAAGACGGCCAUUAUUUACGAGUAGUUUGUAUUAGUUUAUUUAUUUAUUUAUUUGUCUCGUGUAUGGCCGAUUCUUUUCUUGGGCCAUCUGAUCUCGAAACUGGCUAGUUGAGUAGUAGGAUAGUAGCGUUUCUGUUGAUUGCCAAUUUGUAUACACUACGUAACAGAUAUUUCAAGUGCCCUGGUAAUCGUACCAGAGAAGCAAAUCGAUGCUUGUAUGGUAUGGUGCUGAAAAGCAGAGGGCAAAGGAGAUGGUCGAUGCUAAUACCGGUGAAGAGAUGUGAUUUAAAGAUCAACUGUGUGUCCCUUCUCUGGUACUUGUUGAAAUUGUAGAAACAAGAUUAAUGAAAUCUAGGCGGGGGGAACGGGUCGGAUGAUGAAGUGACUUACCACCAGGUGAAGAUGUGCUGAAACUGGAUGUAGAUGGUGCUUUUUUUUCUUCUUCCAGGAAACGAGAGGAAACAUGGCGGCAAUGGCUUGGCUGUACUAUACAUUAUUCUGAAGGUUCUGUUAGUUGAUGACACCCUGAAGCUUCAGCAACAAGUAUGGCCUGACAAUGCAUGAGUUUUAUUCAGGGAAGCUCCUACUUUUCUCUUUUUUGCAUCUUGCAAGCUAAGUAAUCCUUCUAGUAUUGUACUAUAGCUUUGAAUAAACUAGUAGCAUCUGGUGCUUUAAUCAAUUUUCUACAUUUUGGUGCAUCUUCACUUGGAUGUAAACAAUCUGAACGAGUCACGCAUGCAUGUAAAAAGUAGGCGGUAUGUAAAUUUUGUACUCUGAAGUCUGAAUUCGAAUCAGAGCUGAACGUUAGCCAUGAAUCUUUCAAACUUCAUGUGUGAACUCUGAAACUUAUUAUACCCAAUUCAAGUGUGAAGCUAUAGUAAGCAUUUAGAAUUCUUUCAGGAGCCAGGUUAACUCAAAUCUGAGCAGUAAGUUGCCAGCAGCUAAUAGGCUAAACUUUUAUUUACAAUUUCACUCCAGUCUCUUCAGAGCCACAACUAUUAUACUGAGAAGAGUAUCAACAUUUUCCAUUAUCAUAGCAGCAUAUGUGUGACAAGAGGUCUUAUGUUUUCAGAACGUUGGGACUGGGCUUAACUAAUUAUGAUGAGAAAUCACUUUCUAUCUUAUACAUCAGUGAUUAGAGGAUUUUGGUUCUCCUGUCGUUUUCAAUGUCCAAUUUAGUCUAUUAAAAUAGGCAUGUUUUCAUACAGGUUCACCAAAAGGGAAAUGUCAUUUUACAGUGUCAGCGGAUAAAACUGUUUUACAUUGAAGUGUAAAGCGUACAUUUAGUAUCUAAUGUAUUGAAGGCACGGCGAUGAAAUCCAAGUGGAGAUGCUAGUUGAUUAGCAUCAUUCUUAUUUCUGCAAUUCAUUUCUGCAACAUUUAUGCAUAUCCAUUUAGAGUAGAUAAAUAAACUUCACUAGUGAACUUACUGCAUGAAGGCAAUGUGCUGAAAGUUGAUAAUGAAAUACAGCUCCUGAAUUAAUCCCUAAGAUCAUUACAAUUAUCUCUAUGGAGCAGAGACGGAAAGACCACCGCGGCCAUGAGGACGACCAGGAGAGCAGCACCAACUGGAGGAUGAUGUAGUAUUGCUUCUGUUUCCAGAUCAAACUCAGCAAGGUUGUAUACCAACUGAACUUUUACACGAAGAGGAGAGCCUAAUGAUGAGAGAUUUAGGGGAUUGAACAGGACUAUAAAUUGAUGAGUCCAAAUAAACAGUGGCUGGGUUUGAACAUGGACAGGUAUGGUGCCACGUAUGGGGAUUCAGCACAAGAUAGCCCAAACUACAACCACAUCAAAGUGCUCUUUCGUUCCUCUUUCGUUCCCCAGCAAAUGAGAAAAGUGGUGUAGCUUUCCUCAUCAAUAUCAAGAAAUCAAUAGACAAUCGUUUCCUGUCUAGUAGAUAAUUAGAGGCAACUUGGGAUGGCACCGGCUGGGGGCUCUUCACUCUGAAGGAGGGCCAGCAAAGUUUGAGCUGAAAAGGUGGACAUUUACUGUAGGGCAUGUAGACAGUUUGCCAGCUCAAUAUAAGUUGUGCAAUUGGCUUCUGUUGCCAAUUGAUGUCGGCUGAUUGUUGUUUCAGAAAUCUCUCCCUACUUGGGAAAGGAAGAUGGCGACUGUUGGACACUUUGGGGGAUCCAGAAGGCCAGAAAAUAUGGCAUGUUUCGAGCUGCGAUCCCAGCUCACUGGUCUCUCAUAUGGCAUGCAGAGGUAACGGAGGAAAAAACGGAGGUGCCACAACAGGGCGCAAAGCUCAUGGCGUCUGAGGUGAUCCAUUUUUUUUGAUAAGGAGGAUAACCCCCGACCUCUGCGUCAAGCGAUGCACACAGCCAUCCAUGGAGGCAGGAGUCUUCUCUUUUCUGGGUGGCUGUUUUGUAUUGGUAUUGCUCUUUUAUUUUCUAUCUCUUGCAUGCCGUGUCUCUACCACAUCUAGCAAUGCUGAAAGAACAUUCAUCAUUUUCUGCUACUGAUGUACAGAACACUCUUAUGACGGGUUUAGCAAUGCUGAAAGAACAUUCAUCAUUUUCUGCUACGGAUGUACAGAAUGAACAAGUUUGCCUCCAGAAUUGCAGAAUCUAUACUAUUAAAGGAGGAUCGAACGUCGUGAUGGUUCAACCUCCUCUCGAUGGUUCGACCUUGAUCCCGCACCGAGGAAAUCGCUAGGAAAACAAUCCACCCGCACGCCUUGUUCGCUAGCUACUCCUCCAUCUCGUGCGAUACACGCGGAAAAAACCCAGAGAACAAACGAACCGGUUCAAUGAACCUCUACCCCACGAUCCGGUAACCCGCACAACAUGGCAUGCGAAAAGCAACGACCAGGCACACACGUCUCACGCCCCUAUCUGCUAGCAACCUCCUCGCUCCUCCCCAUCCCAUCUACCUGCUGAAAAAAUCGCCACGCCAUCCACGCCGCUCACGAUCCCCGCUGCGGCGCCUGCGUCGAUGGGCUCCCCUCGGUCCUCCUCCACCAAGCGCCCGCCCUCCCAUGGUCGUGGUCCAUCCUCUACCAAGCUCUUGAUUGGGAGUCCCACGAGGUUGGGAGUCCCUUGAGGCCUUACAACGACCAUGGAAUCCCUUGCCCUCGCCUGCGUCGAUGGACCCGCCCGUGACCGGACCGAGAGCAUGUUAUCUCGCUGCGCCUCGCGAUCCCCCCACUGCGGCGCCCUGCCCCGUGCUGACGCCCGCGGGCGCGGGCGGCUCAGCCCGCCGGGAAGGCGGGCUUUCCCCCCGCCGCGCGGACCGGCGCGCUCAGGGCCAGCAGGGGAUGCGCCACUCUGCCGCUGGUCCCGCCGUGCCGGAGCCGGUGGAGCGCCGUCGUGUGCAACGCGUCGGUGUACAUCAUCCCGCUCAUGAAGCAGUGUGUCUCCGUCGCGGCCGCGGCGUGAGUGCCUCCCCCAUCUCAUCGUCGAUACCCAAAGAGUGCUCUUGCUUGCUAAAGGCACAGGCAUACACAAAUCUUUCAUCGUGCCAUUGUUUGUUCUGCAAGCACCUAGCACUGUAAUCUCAUGGAUCAAGAGUGAAUAUGGGAUGUGGACUGCUUUUCUUGCGCUUGCAGUGCGUUUGUUCUUACCCUUUCCAGGUGACCUAGAGCUUCCGCAGUCAACAAUGCUGGCGGUCAGCGUUGCUCCUUACCAGGUGAUGAAUGUGAGAUGUGCAAAGCAACAAUUAUAUACCCCACUGUGUUGGACCCAAAUACCUUCCGGAAAGAAGUUCUGAAGGGUGGGAUACUAGACAACCAUGUAAUUUCAGCUAUAUCUUUCUGUGUCAAACACAAAGGUUGAAUGUAUGGCUUAGCACUAACUUCAUGUGGGUUUUUCUGCUCAAGUUAUUUCAGUUAUAUGCCUCAGUUAAUACUUCGCAGGAUCUUGAGGAGUUCUUUUGUGUUGUAUUGCUUUGAAGGUGAAUCUCAUUCCUCGGAUUUUGCUCUGUUGUCGUAGCACUUUCAGAUUUGAAGUUAUGUUUCUCAAGUAAGAAGUAGUAUCUUUGUGCUUUUAGCAAUGAGAAUAUUUGAGGAACUACCUAUUACAACAUCAUUUUCUAGGAAAAUUAGAUCAUAACAAGAGACGAUGAAUCAUUUAUUUUCUUUGUUGUGGGUAGGGUCAAAUUUUGAAUUACCAAGCUUUUGUAUGAUUUUGAUUGACCAGGCUUGCUUGCUGCUUGCUUGUCAAUCAAGCUAUGUUGGUCGAUUUUAGAGACAAACUUGUCUUCGAAUAAGACUAUCUAGAAGCAGCAAGGCAAAGACAUCCAUUGCAUUACUAACUGGGAUAAUUUUGACUUGUUAGCUACACCCUUUGGAUGGUCCUAAUUGUAGAAAAUUAUUAUAGACAAUCAACCCUUCAAAUUUCACCAUCAUGAAAGAAUCUAAAUAUAGUAUGUUUUCUUCUCUUACUUUUUUAUUAUACUCUUCUACUCUUAUAAUUCAUCAAAUGCUAACUAUUACCGGCACUUUAAUGCUCGGAACCCCUGGUUGAUAAUUUAUAGUGGGUCAGUUCUGUGUUGAUUUCUCUCAUGAUGAUUGAUGCUUUGUUACAUAGAUAGAAAAAAAUCGAGAAAUCAGAUGGAGAAGGAAUGGCACAACCGUGAAAAAUAAGUCAGAUGCUUGUUGAAAGAUAUAUACUGUGAGUUUCAUAUAUUUUGGUUCUAUAAGGAUUCAAUUUUUUAAGGAGGCCGGAGUGGAGAAGUAGAUGUGACAUAGAGAAACAUGGCUAUGCAGGGGAAACGGGAAAUCACACUUUGACAAAUGUUUCUAUAGUCAUGUGUUAUUCUGUAGCCACUGAGCAAAUGCAUCGACAUACAUGUGUCAGAGACGCUGUAUGCUCUUUGAUUGUUGAUAAUUUUUUGUUUCUCGUGGACCUUGUUUGACUUUUGGAUGUGGUGUGAAUUCUAUGGGCUAAUAUGUCAAGCUUUCGAUGGUUCACUAUGUACGCUUGUUUGGUGAUUCAAUAUUUGUCAGUGUGGUAAUAAGCCACAUACGACACAAAUUCUUCUAUUUUGCCGAACACAUCCUCUUGAAGUACAAGAUAUUUUUAUAACCAUGUCUACAACUCA